CAACAUCUACAACUUUGUUCCGAGAAUUAAUCAAGAAACGCAGAUCUGAACGGUAGGAACGAAAUAUUUCAUUUUGACUCUUACAUCGGAAUGGAAAACAGCACUAACUCCUCAACUGGAGGCUCUCAGGGAGAAAGCUUUGAGUUCAGACUCACAAAGGCAACAAUUUGCAUGUUUGUCCUCGUCACGUCCUUAAUUGAAAACAUGUUGGUGCUAGUGAUUCUUAAGAAGAACCAUCAAAACCGUAUGAGAACAGCUAAUACCUUUUUCAUCGCAAACAUGUCAGUGGCCGACGUUCUGUUCGCUUUACAGAACAUACCCCAUGCUUAUAACAAUUAUUUACUGAAAGAACAAUGGAAUCUUCAAGGAUGGGUUGGAAUUGCAUUAUGCAAGAUCGACAUGUUCUUUUCUCUUAUAACUAUAGUUACUGGAAAUCUUACUAUCUUAGCCAUUGCCGUGGAUCGAGUGUUUGCAGUGUAUGUUCCGCUCAAGAAGAUCAUUACCCGAAGAAUCUGUUUUAUGAUCAUAUUUGUGACAUGGUUAAUACCCACGCUUUUCGCUUCACCCCUACUGUACUACGGUGACUUAAUAAUUAGAAACGGUGUCACCUCGUGUAAUCUCACAGAUAGAAGGAUUCUGAAAACGUGGUACAUGGUUUUGGCGGGAAUUUUAGCCACAACUCUCGCCACCAUCCUGGCGUUGUAUACAGCCAUUGGUUUCAAGCUUUCGGGUCGAAAAUUUCCUGGCAAUGCAAGUCAAAAAAAUCGCGAGCGCAGAUUGAAAAGAAAUCGCGAUAUUUUUAAGAUGCUCAUUACUUUGAUUGUCGUGUUUUACAUCUGUUCCUUGCCAAUUCUGAGUUUACAUGUGUCUUUGGUCCUUGGUUUCUACGAAUUGUUAAAAAUAAACCACAUCCGGUUUAUUGCAUUUUUGUUAUACUUCUCGAACGGUGCCAUUAAUCCAAUUAUUUACCUCAUUUUCAAUGAGAGCUUUCGUGAUGGGAUCAAGGCUGCUCUGUCUCAUUGCAAAUGCUCUAGGAGUCUUGCUUACUCUGUUGAAACUGAGGCUGCUGCAAGGAAAAAAAGCACAGAUGAUGGAAAUGAUGGACUGAGAUCCUCGACUCAGUUGUAAAUUCAGAAGCAGGGAGCGAGGAAUCCUUACUCACGCUGGAACUUCGACGUGUAUGAACAAGAAAACUUCUCUAUGAAAACCAAUUGAACAUCUGAAUCGACAAAGAACUUGGCUUGUCAUCAACAGCUGUCGACGAGGAGUCACUCUCAGCAUUAUGAUUAUCAAAAUUCACCUUACACUUCUUACCAGAUUUUCCGUGAGAAUGUCUCCGUUUCCUUAUGAAAAAUCAUCGUAACUUCACACAUAAACUGUCAAGAGAAGUCGUCAAGGGACGUCUUAGCCAUUUUAGGUGGGGCCAUUACAAAACAUUGCCAAAUGGACUCCAUACUUAACGAGAAUUAUUCAAUCGUUUUUUCGUUUGCUGCAUGUAAAUGACCUGUUUAUCUACUACAAUCUUUAAAAUUUUUAAAUGUAAGCCAGAAAAGUUUGAAUACCAACGACUGAUCGAAAAUAUAUGAUAUGGAAGAAAAAAAAAUGGCAAACACUGAACUUACUUGAGAAAUUUAUUACACACCAUCUAAAUAUUUCAUCAGGUACGAGUAGUGACAAUCCUCCCAGAGUCGUGGAUGUGGUUUAUUGCUUAGUAAGACCCGUGAUUGUACAUGUCAGACUUAUCAAGUUGCAUCUAUUGAUAACAGAAGUCGUUUAAAAUGUCUACGUUUUCGUUCUAAAAGGCAGUCACCUGCGAUCGAAAACAUGAUAUUGAUAUCUCCGUACAAAUACUAACGACAAUAAAAAGUUUUCUGCGGG